AUGAUUGCUAGUACAACUUUGCUUCCGCAAGAUAGCUUCACUGGUCGAUGUGAAAUGUCUAAAGACGUAAAACCUGACGAGCCCUCCAAACUGUAUGAAAUAAAGGAGUGUGUUGGGAAGGGUAGUUUCGGAGAUGUCUAUCGCGCUACUGAUAAAGAAAGCGGUGAAGUAGUAGCUAUAAAAAUUAUCAACUUAGAGGAAACCCAAGACGAUAUUGAAAUCUUAGCGCAAGAGAUCUAUUUUUUGUCAGAGCUCAAAGCCCCCUUUGUGACCACCUAUUUCAAAACCUUCGUCGAGGAUGUUUCUAUGUGGAUUGUGAUGGAAUAUUGUGGUGGAGGAUCUUGUGCCGAUCUUCUCAAACAUCUUCCCGAGCAUCGAUUUCCGGAGCAGAAAGUGGCGUACAUUGUCCGGGAGGUGCUCUAUGGUUUGGAAUACUUGCACAGUCAAAAAAAAAUUCACCGGGACAUCAAGGCAGCGAACAUUUUGGUUACCGACAACGGUGAGAUUAAAUUGGGCGACUUUGGAGUCAGUGGACAAAUAAUGGCAACCUUGAAGCGCACUACAUUCGUUGGAACGCCUUACUGGAUGGCACCAGAAAUCAUUGCAAGAGGGGACAAUGGUUACGACGAGAAAGCCGACAUUUGGUCACUGGGAAUUACGGUUAUGGAGCUCCUGACUGGUCAACCUCCAUAUGCUAAACAUGACCCGAUGAAGGUGCUGAUGAAUAUUCCGGUCAGAAAGCCGCCCAAGUUGCACGGUCGAUUCACAAGCCCAGCUAGAGACUUCAUAGCCUUGUGCUUGGCCAAAGAUCCAGAAUCACGUCCGACAGCUUCCGAGCUUCUGAACCACAAAUUCCUCAGCAAACUGACAUGGCGGGGUGCUGGCAAUUUGAAGAAAGAAGUUGAUCUCGUAAAAGCUCUGAAAGAAAGAAUCAAUUAUUCCAAGGUGCCUCGCCAUUCCGUCACCGAGAAGGUCUAUGCAACGGGUCUUAGGCGUCAUUUGCAAACUUGGAACUUUGAUAAUACUGAUGGAAUUAUUUCUCAAUUGCCAAAUAGUCACCAAUUUCAACGACAGAAGCCACCAAAGAUGAACUCUGCGGAUUUGGAGCAAUCAUCUCCUCGAAGUGAAAAAAGCCCAAUCUCAGUCAUGGGAAGUGCCGAAGUUAAUACGCCCAUGACAAACGCUACGUCUCCAGGCAUGCGGGUACCUCAUCAUGAAAAAGACUUUGAUGUUUCCAUGGGAUUGCACGAUGGUAAGGCGGCCAAGAAAAAGACCCAGCAAAUUGCUGGCAAGGGUCUCAACUAUUUCAGGCAUAUAAUCCUUUACAGUUUCGACCGGAUUUUUGAGAGAGCUCGCUCAGAAAAUACAAAGCAUGUCGUGAGUAGACUGAGAGACCUCUUCGAAGAAGCAGAAAAAUCCCAGCCCGGACUGAGCGAAGCAUUUGUCGAAGAAGUUUAUAUUCGAAUGGAGGAGAUCAAGAACUAUUUAGUCGAGACCUCUUUAUAA